AACUAAAGCACACAAUGUCUCGACCAUACGACAACGCAAACAUUGACCAACUCCAACGCGAUGCUGACGACUGUCUACUUACGUAUGGAACAGCCUUCCACUCCGAAAUUAUCACAUCUACAGACGGCGUCUAUGUCGAAACCGCAUCGGGCCAUCGCAUGAUGGAUUUCACUUCCGGCCAAAUGAGCACCCUAAUCGGCCACGGCCACCCGGAAGUCGUCAACGUAAUCCAAACCCACGCCCAGCACCUCGACCACCUCUUCAGCGGCAUGAUCAGCCCUCCCGUCAUCAGCCUCGCCAAACGCCUCACCAGCGUCGCUCCCACUGGCCUCGACAAAGCCUUCUUCCUCAGCACCGGCGGCGAAAGCAACGAAGCCGCCAUCCGCCUCGCCAAGUUCUUCACUGGCAAAUUCGAAAUCGUCGGCCUCGCAGCGUCCUGGCAUGGGAUGACGGGUGCAUCGCUCGGGGCGCAGUAUCACGCUGGACGAUCUGGCUACGGACCCAAUAUGAUUGGGAAUUUAGCGCUGCCGACGCCGAAUUCUUAUCGCUCCAUUUUCCGGAAGGCAGAUGGGACGUAUGAUUGGGAGACGGAGCUGAAUUACGGGUUCGAUUUGCUAGACAAACAGUCUUGUGGUUCGCUUGCUGCUGUUAUCGUCGAGCCGAUUUUAUCCAGUGGGGGGAUGUUGGAACUUCCGCCGGGCUAUCUCAGAGCUUUGAAGCAGCACUGUGAGAAGAGGCGCAUGUUACUGAUUGUCGAUGAGGCGCAGACUGCGCUUGGGAGGGCGGGCGAUAUGUUCGCUUUCACCCAUCAUCCAGAGGAUGAGGGCGUGGUGCCUGAUGUUCUGACUCUAAGCAAGACGCUGGGCAACGGUAUGCCGCUCAGUGCGGUCCUGACGUCGAACAAGAUCGCCAGUCAUGCGAAAGAGAAUGGGUUUCUGUUCUACACUACGCAUAUUAAUGAUCCGCUUCCUGCAGCGGUUGGAGAUAAAGUGCUCGAGAUAGUAAUUAGAGACGACCUUUGUGCUCGGUCCAAACGGCUCGGUGUGAAGCUUCAAGCCGGGCUCAAACGGCUCCAGUCUCGCUAUGGAUGUAUUGGCGAUGUGCGUGGUCGCGGUCUCAUGGCUGGUGUGGAGAUUGUCAGUGACAGGAAGACGAAGGCUGGGGCUCCUGAUGUCGGAGCUGCGGUGUCACAAAAAAUGGAGAAGAUGGGGUUGUGGGCGCAGUUGGCUACAAUGGCGUCGUUUGGUGGUGUUUUUAGGAUUGCACCCCCGAUCACUGUUACAGAAGAGCAGCUGGAUGUUGCAUUGGGGGUCAUUGAGGAGGCGUUGAGGACGACCCCUGGCACUAUGCCGUUGUAUGCGACAGAAGGGGCAGUGGUAGAUGGCCAGCCUGUUGUAAAGUCAAAUAUUUAA